ACACACACACACACACACACACACACACACACACGAAAAGACAGAAACUCUGUAACAUCUAACAAUGGCAGGAGGCAGCCUCGAAGAGAUCAAGAAGGAGAAUGUCGACCUCGAGCGAAUACCGAUAGAUGAAGUGUUCAGAGAAUUGAACUGUACAAAAGAGGGUUUGACGAGUGAGGAGGGGCAAAAGAGAAUCGCAGUUUUUGGGCUCAACAAGCUAGAAGAGAAGAAGGAAAGCAAGUUUCUUAAAUUCCUGGGCUUCAUGUGGAAUCCUCUCUCAUGGGUCAUGGAAGCAGCUGCUAUCAUGGCUAUCGUUUUGGCCAAUGGAGGGGGCCAACCACCAGAUUGGCAAGAUUUCGUAGGAAUUGUGGCAUUGCUCAUCAUAAACUCCACUAUUAGUUUCAUAGAAGAAAACAAUGCAGGUAAUGCUGCUGCAGCACUUAUGGCAAGCCUUGCAUUGAAAACUAAGGUUUUAAGGGAUGGAAGGUGGACUGAACAGGAUGCAUCUGUGUUGGUACCUGGAGAUGUAAUCAGCAUCAAGUUAGGAGACAUUAUUCCCGCAGAUGCUCGUCUCUUAGAAGGAGACCCUCUGAAGAUUGACCAGUCUGCACUUACAGGUGAGUCUUUGCCGGUUACGAAGAACCCAUCUGACGAAAUCUUCUCGGGGUCGACCGUGAAGCAAGGAGAGAUUGAGGCUAUUGUGAUUGCUACUGGAGUACACACCUUCUUUGGAAAAGCUGCUCACUUGGUUGAUAGCACUAACCAAGUAGGGCACUUUCAAAAGGUAUUAAAUUUUCUUUCUCUGUUGAUGAAUUGGGAUUGCUGCUACUUUUUUUGUGGCCAGGUGUUGACGGCCAUUGGAAACUUCUGCAUUUGUACAAUAGCAAUUGGGAUUAUUAUAGAGAUUGUAGUGAUGUACCCAAUACAACAUCGCAAGUAUAGGAGUGGAAUUGACAACCUCUUGGUGCUUCUUAUCGGAGGGAUUCCAAUUGCCAUGCCAACUGUCUUAUCGGUAACGAUGGCUAUUGGUUCUCACAGGUUGUCACAACAAGGUGCUAUCACUAAGAGGAUGACAGCCAUUGAGGAGUUGGCUGGGAUGGAUGUUCUAUGCAGUGACAAGACUGGCACCCUCACACUCAACAAGCUCACAGUUGACAAGAGCUUGGUCGAGGUUUUUGUAAAAGAUAUAGACAAGGACACUUUAAUAUUGCUUGGAGCUAGAGCCUCAAGGGUGGAGAAUCAAGAUGCUAUUGAUGCUUGUAUUGUUGGAAUGUUGGGUGACCCGAAGGAGGCCAGAGAUGGCAUCACCGAGGUGCAUUUUCUUCCCUUCAAUCCAGUGGACAAGCGUACGGCCAUAACAUACAUUGAUUCUGCAGGCAAUUGGCACAGAGUAAGCAAAGGAGCACCAGAACAGAUUGUAGAACUUUGUCAACUCAAAGAAGAUGUAAAGAAAAAAGUUCACUCCAUUAUUGAUAAGUUUGCUGAACGUGGUUUGCGUUCUCUUGCCGUAUCAAGACAGGAAGUUCCGGAAAAGACCAAGGAGAGUCCAGGAGCGCCAUGGCAGUUUGUGGGUCUCUUACCACUCUUUGAUCCUCCAAGGCAUGACAGUGCAGAGACUAUCAAACGUGCUCUUCAUCUUGGAGUGAAUGUGAAGAUGAUUACUGGUGAUCAGCUAGCUAUUGGAAAGGAGACUGGCCGUAGGCUUGGCAUGGGAAGCAACAUGUAUCCUUCUUCCUCACUCCUUGGUGACAAUAAGGAUGAGUCUAUUGCUACAUUGCCAAUUGACGAGCUCAUUGAGCAGGCUGAUGGCUUUGCUGGCGUCUUUCCGGAGCACAAAUAUGAGAUAGUGAAGCGACUACAAGAUAGGAAACACAUAUGUGGAAUGACUGGAGAUGGUGUGAAUGAUGCUCCUGCAUUGAAAAAGGCAGACAUUGGGAUUGCAGUGGCUGAUGCAACUGAUGCAGCUCGAGGUGCAUCUGACAUAGUUUUGACAGAACCUGGUUUAAGUGUGAUUAUUAGCGCAGUGUUGACAAGCCGAGCCAUUUUCCAAAGAAUGAAGAACUACACCAUCUAUGCAGUUUCUAUAACAAUCCGAAUUGUGCUGGGCUUUCUCUUACUUGCUCUUAUCUGGAAAUUUGAUUUCUCACCUUUUAUGGUUCUGAUCAUUGCCAUACUAAAUGAUGGGACCAUCAUGACCAUUUCUAAGGACAGGGUCAAGCCAUCACCUACUCCAGAUUCAUGGAAACUCAAUGAGAUUUUCGCCACUGGAAUAGUACUUGGAUCCUACUUGGCUGUUAUGACUGUCGUCUUCUUCUGGGCCGCUCAUGCUUCAGAUUUCUUCACAGAAAAAUUCGGGGUGAAAUCUAUCAGAGAAAAUGAUAGAGCACUAACAUCAGCCGUUUACCUUCAAGUGAGUAUUGUGAGUCAGGCUCUCAUCUUUGUUACUCGGUCAAGAAGCUGGUCUUACGUUGAACGCCCUGGUUUGUUGCUGAUGGGAGCCUUUCUCAUAGCACAAUUGAUCGCCACGAUAAUAGCGGUGUAUGCAAACUGGGGAUUUGCAGAUAUAGAAGGAAUCGGAUGGGGAUGGGCAGGAGUAAUAUGGAUUUACAGCAUUAUCUUCUACGUUCCUUUGGAUUUUCUGAAAUUCAUAAUCCGAUAUGCACUGAGUGGGAAGGCAUGGAACAAUAUUACUGAGAACAGGACCGCUUUCACAACGAAGAAGGAUUACGGGAGAGGCGAAAGAGAAGCUCAAUGGGCCACAGCUCAACGUACCCUCCACGGGCUCAAUCCUCCUCAAACAGAGCAAACCCUCAAUGACAUGAGCUCCUAUGGCGAACUAUCUGAACUCGCAGAACAAGCAAGGAAACGCGCUGAAGUUGCAAGGUUGAGGGAGCUUCACACGUUGAAGGGUCACGUGGAAUCGGUGGUGAAACUGAAGGGGCUUGACAUAGACACGAUUCAGCAACACUACACAGUUUGAAAGAGAGAAACAAGAAGCUUUUUAGUUUUGACCGACGAUAGGUUUAGAGGAGAAAAAUUAGAUUGACUUUGGUUAAAGUGUCAUUGUAAUAAGGUUGUCCGUUUUGAACAUUCUUCUAUUGAAUUGGCCCUUUUAUAGGGCAUGGUCUCCAAAGCCUAUGAGAUUGUGCCCCAAGCAAUCCAAGGUUGGUACUUGGUAUCGUUAAGAGACCCAAUAAUUUUGCCCCAGUAGUUCGCUAGCGGUUCACUUUAUUCUUUGAUUUAUUGUGCUGUCUAUGAGGGAUAAAUCAAUAAACUUACUUUUUGUAUUUCUUCA